AUGUCGACGCCUUCCAAGCAGCCGGCAUCUGCUGCUGCUGCUACUUCUACCCAGCCUGGGGCUCCUCCUCGUCGUCCGUCUAUGAAUCCUCCAAAGACAACACCCUCACGCAGUCCCUCUCGUCCAACGGUAUCAACGACCCCUGGCUCAGCUGCGACCCCUUCUCGCGCUAAGUCUGUCCGCACCCCGGUUGGUGGAGCCCCACCUUCUGCCCGCGCUGCAGUCAAGAAACCUACAACAACAUCCACUGUAAACACUACCAAGUCUGCUAUGGCCGACGCAAAGGCAGAGGCUGCUUCCGUCAUUGACGAUCUGCGCGAACGUCUUCAAAAGGCGGAAUUGGCUGUCGAAGAGGCACAGAAGGAGAAAGCCGUUAUUCAAUCUCGUCUCGACGAAACAAACAAAGAGCACAACAGUCUAGAAGAGUCGGUGCACGAGCAAGAAGAACGAUUGGAGCAGCUGGAAAAUGAGAAGAAGGAAAGCACCCGCCAACGUAGAGAGUUCGAGGCCAUCUAUGAAGCCGAGCGUGCUCAGUCCAUGAAAGAGAAGGAGGAAUUGCAAGUCCGGGAAGAGGAGCUUCGUGAUACCAUCCAGAGAUUGAAGGAGACCAUGGCUCAGAAAGAGAUGCGCAGUGAAGACGAGAGGCGGCAGAGCAUCUCCAGAGCAUGUAGGUUGCCCUCAUAUCUGGCAGUCAUCAGACACAUAACUGACCUUAUCCGCAGCNNGAGCUUCCGAAGCAAUGCAUCCCCUAACCAAGAAGCCGGUCAAUUCGCUCCUCCAUCCUCUCUGCAACGAAGCGACUCUUCCCGCAGCUCUUCUCGUCUGGUUCUGCAGAAAGAUAAGAUCAUCGAAUCAUUACGUCUCGAGUUGGCUGAAUCGCAAAUCAAGCUGGUCGAGAUGGAGAACAUGGGCGGAGGCCGUAUGCAAGAGUUGGAAAAGACACUGAUGGAGACGAGAAUGGCCAAUGCUAGAUUGAUGGAGGACAACGAGAGCUUCCAGCUGCUCCUGAGCGAGAAGACGCUGAAUGGUGACUUUGCUCACAGUGGCUUGCUGCGUCCUCCUUCAAUCAUGAGUGCUGGUUCUCGUCCCUCUUCUCCCUCGGCCAUGGCUGGAGCAGCGACUCUCGCUGACGAGCUUGAGAAUGCCAGUGAUGACGGUAUGGCAGAUAACAGACGUCUGCAAGCCGAACUGUCAUCCAUGAGAGACCAGAACAAAGCCUUGACGUUGUACAUCAACAACAUCAUUUCACGCCUUCUGCAGCACAAGGAGUUUGAAAACAUCCUCGACAAGACACCAAACCUCAUGUCUGGAGCAGAAGCCCCGAAAGAUAAGGACCUGCCACCUCCACCACCAGAGAAAGACGAACAACCUUCUUUAUUGAAACGAGCCACUUCAGUUGUUCGCGGUGGCCGCCCAAAGCCCAUCGAAACACACUCAGAACCCCAACCCAGCCUGAACGAAGACCCAAACACAGCUCCUCGCAUUCCACUCGCCCGCACACAAUCCAACCGCAUGUCCAUGGGCGGCCCUCCUUCCUCGCACCGCCGCUCAGGCUCCGAGUUAGGCAACCCGGCAACCUUGGUCAACAACAUGUACCGCGGGCCUUCCUCAGGUCCCACAAGCCCCAGUCUGGUGCCUCCACGCGGCAGCUCCCUCUUCAGCCCCGUGUUGCCUGUAGCUCCCGCCGCAGCAGCCCGCGUGCCCUCCUCAGGCUCCGUGCCUCAGGUCCAAGACGACAGACGCCAAAGCAUGCCNUCCCCCUCCCUCCCCUCUUCCGCACCCAGAGACUCGGCCCGCAACAGCGUAUACAGCGAAUCCGGGAUGCCGGACAAUAUGAGCACGGCCAGUCCUCCCCGCAGCACAACCUCUUCCGGCGAGAAGCCUACCGGCGCCAUCAUGCGUGGCGGCGGCAUGCGACCAUUGCGCCUCGUGCAAGAAGCCAAAGAGGAAGAAGAGGCGGCCAAGAAGGCCAAGCGAUCGAGUUGGAUGGGCUGGUUUGGCGCCAACAACCGCAGUGUGAGCAGUGAGGCUGUUCCCAAGGAAUGA